GGAAGGACAGAGGGAAGGAAGGAAGGAAGGAAGGACAGAAGGAUAAGACAGAGGAAGAUUGGAAGAAAGAAAGGGAGGGAGGAUGAAAAAAUGAAAGGAAGGCAGGGGAAGAAAGGAAGGAAGGAAAGAAGGAAGGAAGGAGAAACAAACAGAGGAAGGAAGGAUAGAAGAGAGGAAGGACGGAGGGAAGGGAGGAAAGAAGAGCAAUGCAAGGAGAAAGCAGUAAGUGUGCUGAGUGUUGGUCUCUGAGUGUGUCUCCUGUUGUCAGACCGGGUCAGAACCAGAGAUAAGAGCACUCUUAUGUUAUUUAACCCGGGUUAAAGUGUCUCUGGCGCCCCCAGCGUCUCCUCGGAGUCCCUGCAGCUGUUCGGCACACAGUGACAGCAUGAUGAUCGCAGAUCCUUUCUUUCUGCUCACGGAGCCACAUUACUGAAAUUUUACAACAAUCAUUUCCCCCAGGGACUGUCCCCACCCCCUCCCUCCGCUCGGCUUUAGCACGGACCCGCACGGCACGGCUCGACUCUGUGCCAGCCCGGCCCUCCUCCAGGGCUGCCUGAGCCGGCGUUUGAUUGGAUUAGAGUCGGCUAGCCUUUGCCCUCUAACCCCUCUGAUGUUGGCUGGCUGCUUCCUGCUCCCUCCGCUCCCCCUGACCGACUGACGGAGCCUGCCGAAGCCGCUCGGCGAAGCGCCCUGCACGGACACAGCCGAGCUGGACGAGCCGCUACAGCCCGAGCAGAGAGAGAGCAGAGCACACACGGCAGGCGGAGGAAGAAACGAGGCAGCCAUGCGGAGGAAAUCGAGGAUAUUGUUGUGUUUUGCGGUGCUGUGGGUGCUGGGGAUAGCCUACUACUUCUACUCGGGAACAGCGUUGAGUCGAAAGGAUGAUUGGAGCUCCAGUGACUUGUCCAGUAGGAGCAAAGCUCACAUGUCUGACGACAAAACUCACAGCCUGGAGACUCUCCCCCCAGGUAAGGUGCGCUGGCAGGACUUUGACCAGGAUCUGUACGUUGGUGCCACCGUGGUCCGACCGGGUCAGGAUCCAUACGCCAGGAACAAGUUCAACCAGGUGGAGAGCGAUAAACUGCGCAUGGACAGAGCCGUGCCGGACACCAGACAUGACCAUUGCAGACAUAAACAGUGGAAGUCAGAGCUGCCGGCCUCCAGCGUCGUCAUCACCUUCCACAAUGAAGCUCGCUCGGCUCUGCUGCGGACCGUGGUCAGUGUCCUGAAGAAAAGUCCUUUACACUUGGUCAAAGAGAUCAUCCUGGUUGAUGACUACAGUGAUAACCCGGAGGACGGAGCGCUGCUGGGGAAGAUUGAAAAAGUGCGCAUAUUGAGGAACGACCGCAGAGAAGGACUGAUGCGUUCGAGGGUGCGUGGUGCCGACGCUGCCACAGCACCUGUCCUCACCUUCCUGGACUCUCACUGUGAAUGUAACGACCACUGGCUGGAGCCUCUGCUGGAGAGAGUGGCGGAGGACAAGACCAGAGUAGUGUCUCCUAUCAUUGAUGUCAUCAACAUGGACAACUUCCAGUACGUAGGAGCCUCAGCCGAUCUGAAAGGAGGUUUCGACUGGAAUUUGGUGUUUAAAUGGGACUACAUGACUCUGGAGCAGAGACGAGCCAGACAAGGCAACCCCAUCGCCCCCAUAAAGACUCCGAUGAUAGCAGGAGGUCUAUUUGUCAUGGAUAAGGAAUACUUUGAGCUGCUGGGAAAGUAUGACAUGAUGAUGGAUGUAUGGGGUGGAGAAAACCUUGAGAUCUCUUUCCGAGUGUGGCAGUGUGGCGGCAGCCUGGAGAUCAUCCCCUGCAGCAGAGUGGGCCAUGUCUUCAGAAAGCAACAUCCAUACACCUUCCCCGGGGGCAGCGGGACGGUGUUCGCAAGGAACACGAGGAGAGCAGCGGAGGUGUGGAUGGACGAGUAUAAAAACUUCUACUACGCUGCGGUUCCCUCAGCCAGAAAUGUCCCCUACGGAAACAUCCAGAGCCGUUUGGAGAUGAAAAAGAGAUUAGAAUGCAAGCCAUUCAAAUGGUACCUGGAGAACGUCUACCCCGAGCUGCGAGUCCCAGACCACCAGGACAUAGCGUUUGGAGCCCUGCAGCAGGGAGGAAACUGCCUGGACACCCUCGGGCACUUUGCUGACGGGGUGGUGGGCGUCUACGAGUGCCACAAUGCAGGAGGAAACCAGGUAGCGUUACUACGACAACACCCACAGGAGUGGGCCCUGACCAAGGACAAGUCUGUCAAACACAUGGACUUGUGUCUAACCGUGGUGGACAGAACCGCCGGCUCCCUCAUCAAGCUACAAGGCUGCCGAGAGAACGACAGCAGACAGAAAUGGGAGCAGAUUGAGUCCAACUCCAAGCUCCGUCACGUGGGCAGUAACCUGUGUCUGGACAGCCGCAGCGCCAGGAUGGGCGGUCUCACUGUGGAGGUCUGCAGCCCCAGCCUCAACCAACAGUGGAAGUUCACCCUCAACUUACAAUCAUAGGGGGCGCUGCAGACCCUGGGAAGAGACACCAACAGACUCUGAGACACGGACAAAGAGAUGGAAACCGACUGGAGGAGAAAGACAAAGUUGAUGGAUAACUGGAUCCUCUCGCUCCUCCUCCUCCUCCUCUUCCUCAGAGGUGCAGCCAGUCACGUCUAUACACCUCUCCCCCACUCUCACCCUCCUCAAAUAACCAAGAGCCACACCCACUGGGGGAGGGGCUUGUAGACGGUAAUGGAGUAAACAGGAAGCUGUAUUUGGUGGAUGGUGACAGUGACGAGGAGGAUAAAAGCGACGAAGAGGCUUUCCAUGCAAACUACAUACCUCAGUGUUUUUCAUUGAUGGUUCAGAGGCAAAUGUUCUUUUUCUUUCUUUAAUGCUGGUGAGGUAGAACUCUUUUUACUUUGUAAUUAUUUUAUUUUAUUAUUAAUAUUUUUUAUUUCUUGCUGUUAACUCUCCACGGAGGUAUGGCAGGAGCUUGGUUUCCUUCUUGGAAGAAUGGGAAUGCUCUCUCUCUCUCUUUCUCUGUCUUUCUCUCUAUCUAUCUCUCUCUCUCUCUCUCUCUCUGGUCUGUAACAGCAGAGGCUUCAGGUUGACCCGGUGAGGUUUGGGUGUAGAGGGAUGUGAAGGGAGGAAAUGGACUCAGUUCCUUGAGCUUUUCCUCUCGCUGGUCGACAGAGAGGAGAGAGGCAGAGUGGAGAGGAGAAGGCCAUGUGCUCUGCUUUGAUUUCUACAGUUUUUCCUACAGAUUGGGUCUUCGGUAGGGGGGAGGGGUUCAGAGUGGAGCUUCUCUGCUCUCGAUGGGGCCUGAUGCCGGUUUGGUUUGGGCCGGAAGUGCACUUCCUGGAACCAGGAAGUGUCUUGGAGCCACCCCUCAGGAUGAACUGUUUGUCGUCAGACUGUAGCACUGGCUGCCACAGCAUCUUCACUUUACACCAUCAUGUCUCUAAAGAAACAAUAUACACUAAAAAAAAAAAAAUCUCAACAAUCUCUUUUUUUGUUUACUUUUGUCAUGAAAAAUAAGGAACCAAAUUGCGGACGGAUGUUUGUGUGUUUCAGGAACAGCAGAGGAGAGUUUUCCUUGGAGACGCUCACUUUAUACGCACAUCAUUUUCUUUGCCUGUGUCUAGUAUUGCCAUUGUAGGACGGUUACUAAUAACACCCAGACUGAAUUUAAUGUCUCCUUCGAUAACAGAUGUGAGAGGGAUAACAGUGAUAUUAUAACAGCACCACAGUGAGAUAGCUACAUAUGAAGAUGAAGACACCAGAGCUCAUACGUGGCUAACGUUUUAGAAUGAACAUCCCUCUUUGUUGACAGAGUAAAACCUUGCUUAUUCCAUCCUGACAACAGUUGCCAUGCAGAGCUGAACUGACUGUAGUAUGAGAUGUGCAUGCACAUGUGUUGUGUAAAGCUCCUCCAAGCUGCAUGUAUCACCAGCCAGCUCCUACACUUCCACUCAGUCUUAGUGCUUUCACCCAUCAUUCUUCUUCAUCGUGCCUGUUAGAUGAGCCAUCUGUUCAAAAGUCAAAGCUGCAAUAAAUAAGGUUUUACUGUUCAUCCUCACUUUGUUUCCGCUAAAGGUGAGCAGACUUUUUUUCUGAUUGGAUAAACAGUUUGUUGCUGACAUGAAUUACUGAAGAGAAAACCUUUUGAGAGCUAAUUUAUUCUGUGGAACAAGAAUUCACUACCAUUGUGCCACUUCUUUAGUGUUUUAUUACCCAAUAGUGUUACUGAUACCAUUUACAGUACAUGUAUCCGUUUGUUAUGCUGCGUUCGAUUGCCCUCGGAACUCGGAAAGAUCCAAGUUGGAAAUUACGACUUCCGAGGUUAAUGAGUUUCAUUGCUCAAUCUCUGAAAACAUGGCCGGCCACAGCAAGGUGAUGGUUGUUUGGAGUAUUACACCUUAUAGACUAAUGUAGUUUAAAUAUGGGACAAACUCUAAUAUUUUUUACACUUUUACUGUGCUUUUUUGUCCCUACUAAGCUCACACAAAAAACUUUAAUUAACAGAGUGGCAGUGCAAAUACCACUACAAAGCAAUCCUACACUUUUAGUAACACAAAUGCUAAGUUAAACGACACAUAACAGACUAAAUGUUGAAGAUAAAGUGACUGUUUUCCACGUAUUUCAGACCUACUCGGGCUGCUUGGAUCCUACCCCAAUUCCAGAGUCGGAAUCCCGAGUUCAAGGGCUGUUCUAUUGCCCAUUUUUUCCGACUCGGAGGUCGGAUCUUUCCGAGUUCCGAGUGCAAUUGAAUGCAGCAUUAGUUCACUACGUGUUAAUCUCAAAGGGAUAGUGUGGAUUUAUUGAAGUGAGGUUGUAUGAGGUACAUAGUGUGUGCAGGAGGAGCUAAGCUAAGUACUGCUGAGUCAGCUGCAAAACACAUUUCCACUUAGUUGUUUGUUAUUUUGUGACUUUGGUGUUUUAAAGGGUUAGUUCAGAUUCGUCAAAGUUACACAAUUACACAAACUAAAGAAUGGAGGCAGCAGGCGAUCAGCAACUCCGUGUCCUGUAAUAUAAUAUUAAUGUUUUUUUCAAGAGAACGGCUUCAGUUCUGCUGUAAACUUCAAGAGAAUGUCUGACAGCAAGGCAGCGUGGUGAAAGUAUUCUAAAUACUGAUAUUGAUUUUAUGCUGCUGUAGGUAAAACAUCCAUUAUGGGUAAGUAUGUCACACAACCCCACUUCAACAAUCCCAAGUAUCCCUUUAAGUGGCGUGGUCCUCUGCACUGUUAGUCACUGAUGAGUAAUGAUGGGACAGUUUGGGGAAAUUUGGUUUGAUUACAUUUGGAGCGACUCAUCCUUUGGCAGCUUCAAGGCAACUACAUUAACACAAAACAUCUUUAAUAGAAAUAGUGUGCAACAGAAGUCAGCCCCCUAUCUCCAGUUAACUCUAGCUGCAGCCUCAAGUGUUCUUUAUGUCACAUCUCUCCGUUCUCAGCAUCUCUUCCUCCAUCACAUUCACAUCUUUGCUUGUCAAUGUUGAUUUUAAUUUCUAAACUGUGUUAUGGAAACGGACAAAGACAGCUGGUCAUGUUUGCUAAAUGUCUGAUACUCUUCCAUCACUGUGUUUGUUUUCUAACAUGAUGUUUGCCUUGUCUUAUAAUCCACACAACUGUAAGCAGAGUGAGCUGAGCUGAAAGGGUUAAAAGCCUAUCCUGUGACUUGAUGCGAGGCACAGGACCUUCUAAUAUAAGGCCAGACCCAGGGGGCGAGCCUGUGUGUGAGGAAAGUUUGCCGUUGCCAUGGCGACCAGACUCCAAGGCCCAAAUCUAAUUUAAGAUUUCAUGGUUUUGUUUUGCCAUUCUGAUUGAAAACUGCAGAAAAAAUGUGAAACAUUCUCAGUUGUGUCUUAAUUUCUUAAGAAUGAUGGAAAUCAAUAAUUGUAAUUCUGAUGAGCUGAAUUUAAGUUGUGCAGCACAUGACACUGGGGAUGCAUGAUAUGGUUUAUGGAUACCAAUAAUGGGCCAUACUGAUCAGAUAAUCCAUAAUUUCACACCUUUGUAUCUUGAGAAGUUUAAAACUUCACAGACAUACUCUGGCUUUUAUAGAGCAUUUUGCUUUUGACUUAAAUUUCAAUGCUUUAAAAUAAUCAAAUCAGACAUGUAAAUGUAAUAACUAAUAAUGUAAAUGACUAGCCUCCACGUGCAGUCAGUGUGUGGAUUCUGCUUGUUAAAUCAGUGAAAAGUGUGGCUUUGUAUUGUUUUAUUCACCUGCGAUAUUUGAUUUUGUAAUAAUGCAUAGCCAAGUAAUAUAAAUUUCCAUUACAUGGCCAGAAAUGUCUCAGCUGAUCCAUGUUGUGCAUCCCUACGUGACGCUAUGACACGUUCAUGUUCUUGAUCAAACCGCUGUUUGAGUGUGAAGGCUGUUAACUUGAUGAUAACUGACAGGGCAGGCCUGAGAUUUGUGAUUUUUUAAAAAUAUAAUCAAUGGGUAUAGGUACUAAAAUUACUAAAGUAAUGGUAACACUUUACAAUAACCAACUAAGUGAUGUUUAUAGAUGGUUUAUAGACCAAUUAUUAACCAUUUACAAAGUGCUAUACAUAUUUAAUCUUUAAAUGUUUUCAACCAAUUUCUUAAAGGUAUAUGCAUCAUUUCAGAAUCAUUAACAUACUUAAUAUGGUGUUAAAAUGAGUGCAACUAAAACUAUUGAUAAACUAUUAAUUAUAAUGUAAUUGUUUUUUAAUGGUAAAGUAACUAUAAACUUACAUUAAUAUACCAUCUAUUAGCCAUUUAUAAAUGAUUUAGUUAGUAAAACAUUAAUGAAUUAUGUAUUUACCAUUCUAAAUGCCCUAUAUAUGGUUUAUAAAUGAUGAUUAAACAUUAACAAUCUAUCUGUUUACCAUUUAUAAAUUAUGGUUAUUGUAAAGUGUUACCAAAGUAAUUACUCCUGUAUAUCUUCCUGAUCAGAUUCUGAUCUAGGAAUGGACAUUAGCCUCUUAAUUGGGAUCUUUUUUACAUCAAAUUGCGGUAAUCCUCAAGUAUUAAACACAGGAUCUGAACGCUUUAAUGUUCACCAUGACAACUCUAACUGAGGACAUGUUCAUUUUCUAGGUGUCUAUCCCUUGUUACAUUCUAAUGGUCUAGUGGUCUGUAGCACCCUCUACUGUCACACGUCUUGUAGGUACAGAACAGAACAGAACAGAACAGAAAAAGGGACUCAAGGUAAAAGAACUUUUGAUGCACUAGCAGAGAGUUUCAGACAUUUUCUUUGCCUUUGAUUCUUUUUAUUGUCAUUAAACUAUUUGACCAGGCAGUACUAACUGAACACCCCAUGGCAAUACUGUCUGCUACGCUUCAUAUGUUGUUUUACGCCUUUUCUUUUUAAAACCAGUCUUAUUCUUGUGAAGAUGAAAAGAUUGCUAUUUUAUUUUUUAUUAUGUUGAUGUUAUACACAGAGGAACUUACUGUAAUGAUUAAGUAGUCCAGCGCCUCAUUUUGAUUGGAUGAUUAAAUGUUUACAUCUUUAGCACAAUGUGCCAAAGUUUUCCUUCCUGUUUUCUCUGUACAAGUCAGAAAGAGAAGGGUUAAAAGUGUUUGGAAAGGCAGAACAAGUGGCAGAGAACUUGUUGCACAUUUGCUGAUAGUAUAGGUUGUUUCUUUUUUCAUUCUUCACUCUCAUUCAGACUUGCAGGACACACCGGGGGACAAUGUCUCUGAUGUCAGUCCUAUAAUCGUUGCCGGUUCCAAAUUUGAAAAUUUUCCUUUUGUCGAGGCCUCUUUAUUAGCAUUUAUAGGAGGCAUAUAAGUGAACAUGAGGUGGUGAAUGAGAGCGUCAGUAGGAUUUUACUCAUACUGUGUUUAUAUGAUGGAGUUUAUCUUGAGGGAAGACGUCAGGGUCCAGCUUUGUGUCUUUAUGUCUCUCAAACGGGGAGCAGGGUUAUGUUAUAAUUUGUCACAACGAGGAGGGUUGUAGAACCUGAUAAUGUAAUAAAUUCCCGAUAAUGUAAUAAAAAUCUGCACUUGAGUCCAUUGAAAAUGUAAUGAAACCUGAUAAUGUAAUUACUUCCAGAUAAUGUAAUAAAGUGCAUUUCCCAAUAAUGUAAUACUUUUUUACCAAUAAUGUAAUAAAGUAUAACAUUAAUGGGAGGUUAUUCCAUUCAUUUCGCAAGUCCUGAUAAUGUAAUAAUUCCCCAAUAUUGUAAUAAUUUAACAGCAGACCACCCAUUACUUGGGUUCAAGUGGUGAUACUGUGUAGGCAACUCUAGCUCAAGAGCUCUAGCGCCACCAACAGGUCAAAGUUGAAUGUUUAUUUUUCAUUUUUUUAUGAUUCAACUUUUAUUGAGUUUUUACAAUUUUUUACAAGACCACACUAACAACCAUUUAAGAAAAGGAAAAAAGGGGCAAAAUUAAGAUACACAAUCUUAUGAUAAUAAAACAUAAAUGAAAAUAAAGAAAGAAAUAAAACAAUAAAAUAAAAAUAAGUACAUAAGAAGUCCAAGACAGGUACAAUUAAUCCAUGCUCAAUAUGGUAAUUCACUGUCUACAAAUAGUCUUCCAGUAAACAUUUCCCUGUAAUGAACCCAGUCUGCCUCCACCUUCAUUUCCAUGCCAGUCCCCCAAGAACAGCCCAUAAUAAUCAGUGUAUGCAGAUACGUUUUAGCUACCCUGUAAAGAAUAUAGUGUUAAAAACAUUCCCAAAGUUGAAUGUUUAUUAACUUUUGACCCGUUCAUCCGUUUUUCACAAACGAGGUAUCCAUGACACACAAUGCAUUCAACAGCUUCUUGAAAUCUAAAGGUGCUUGGUGUUAUACUUUAUUACAUUAUUGGUAAAAAAAAUAAAAUUGUAUUACAUUAUUAGGAAAUGCACUUUAUUACAUUAUCGGGAAGUUAUUACAUUAUCAGGACUUGCGAAAUGAAGGCUAACCUGAUAAUGUAAUGACCUCCUAUUAAUGUUAUACUUAAUUACAUUAUUGGUAAAAAAAAAAAAAAAAAAAAAAAAGUGUAUUACAUUAUUGGGAAAUGCACUUUAUUACAUUAUCGGGAAGUUAUUACAUUAUCAGGUUUUAUUACAUUUUCAAUGGACUCAAGUGCAGAUUUUUAUUACAUUAUCGGGGUUAUUACAUUAUCAGGAAUUUAUUACAGUAUCAGGUUCUACAAGGGUGUCUUCCCCGUCAGCCCACCUCAGAUCCCUUUUCAGGAUUAACAGAAGUAGAGUCCUGUCUGAUAUGAGACAUCCAGCUCAGGACGGCUUCUGCUCCUCCAUCUGCUGCUGCCAGUGACAGUAACAGUGUGUGUGGGGUGGGACGGGAGGGGAGGGGCUUAAAGUGCACAUUCGACAAAAUACUGUCAGUCUCAUCAACCAGUGAUCACAGAUAAGAGAUGGAACAGGAAUUAAUGGGAUGAUUGUGUUUUCUAAGAGGAGUGUGGCUUCAUUGAGUGAUGUUGUUGGGUGUUAAGGCACGAGGGGUCACACAUGUAAAAGUGUAUAUUUUUGUAUAUACCUACAUCAGUGUGUGUACAGUAUGUACAUAUAUACACAGUGUACUCAGCCGCGGUUCCUAGUUUUGUUGUCAGACUGUACAGCGCUUCUAACUGUCCCCUGUUUUAUAGAUACUGCAAAUUCACCUUUGAAUGAGGAGAAAUGAUUAACUUAAAUAAAUUCAUUUAUAUAUAUAAACUAAA